GAACUCCCUCUGGGGGAUCUCGCGUGCGCGGAGCUCGGACGACUGCUGCUUCUAGCGUCAUGCGUGUCGGUUCACCAUCAAGGACAGGAGUACGACCGGGUCGUAGUAGCAUUGCUCAAGAAAGCUCUAACGGCUCCACGCGCCGUAUGUCUGCGCAUCGUGUAAGUGCACGGAGCCCAUUGGCUCGCAGUGCAGCAAGUACGGUUCGCCGUGGAACACCCGUACGUGCUGGUGGCACGACACCCAUGCGAAGUGGCACGCCGUCCCGCACGACAGGGCGAUCCACUUCCACUACGCGAGGCGUUUCACGUCCCACAAAUGGUGUUACACCUUCCACUUCUCUUGCUCAUCGUGCUUCCACGCCAGGGCGUACGGGUACGCGUUCGACAACCCCAUCCCGUUCCUCCGUUCUCAGUCACGUAACCUCGGCAAAGGAGCUUCAAAUAGGGGAAACAGUCACGUACAAGGGGUAUCGUGCCAUUGUCCGCUUUAACGGUCCGACCGCGUUUGGUGCCGGAAUUUGGAUAGGAUUAGAGAUGAUGGAGGGGAAUGAAGGAACGAACGACGGUUCUUCAUUUAUUGAUAAAAAGCAAUACUUCACAUGUCCGAAGGGUAAAGGGGUAUUUGUGCGUGCAUCCCAGGUAAAGAAACUAUAG